ACUGUUUUUAGCUUUAAUCAUCUCAUUUGGACGUUCCCGCGACGUAACUCAAUUGGCCGCUGUUGCGUGCGGUCGCUCGCCUGUUCACGUCGUCCUGCGUGCCGCCUGCGUUGCUAAGCAGGCCGUUGCCAUGGCCGUUUCCUGGGGAGUUUGAGGCCGCCCACGUCCAGCUCCGCCUCCUUCGCGGUUUCGUUCCUGUCUGUCAGAGGCGACAUGGCGACUUGUGUCUCCGGCAGCUGUUCCGCACUUCGCUUACCGGCUUGGCUCGUCGCUGUUAUAAGCUUUCUGGGUGCGUGUAUCCUAUGUCGGGCCCAGGCCACUCGGCUGUACUCGGCUGGGGACCCCCUCACCAUCCUCGCCAGCGACAGUCUGAAGGAGACCUUGCACAACUCCUCUACAGCCUGGCUGGUGGAAUUCUACUCGUCGUGGUGCGGGCAUUGUAUCCAGUACUCUCCGACCUGGAAAGCGCUGGCCGGGGACGUGAAAGACUGGGACCAGGGUAUCAAAUUGGGAGUGCUAGACUGUGCAUUUGAGAAGAACUUUGAUAUCUGCAAAGAGUUUGGAAUCCAUUUCUACCCCACAUUUAGAUUCUUCAAAGCACACAGCACCACAUUCGAUGUUGGAAAAACAUAUGGAGGCGCCGACAGGGAGCUGCAGACCAUGAGGCAGCUGAUGGUGAGCUUCCUUCAGAACCACAGCAGAGAGGAAUGGCCAAGCAAAUGCCCCCAACUGGAGCCUUCUGGGUCUGCUGACGUGCUUGCCCAGCUUGGCCAGAAGGCUGAAGAGUACACUGCUAUCAUUAUUGAGGAAGAAGACUCUUACGUGGGACGAGAGGUGAUUCUGGACCUGAUGAAGUAUGAGGGUGUGACUGUGAAGAGAGCCUUGGGCUCAGAAAAGCUCCUUUUGGAGAAGCUGGGGAUCGCUGCUCUGCCCUCUGCUUAUCUCUUAGAGCCCAGUGGAAAGCAUGGGCUCAUGAAUGUGGAGAAGCGCCUGCGAUUCUUCUUCUCGUCCUAUCUCAAGCUGCUCCCUGGAGUCCGGAGGAAGCAGGCCCUCUCCGCCAGGGCCCUUGGACCUGCCAGGAUGUCGGGGAGUGCUGUCGCUGUGGUUUGGAAGGACUUCGACAAGUCCAAAGUGUACAUGGCCGACCUGGAGUCGGGAUUGCAUUACCUGCUGAGGGUGGAGCUGGCCAGCCACCAGACACUUGAGGGAGAGGAGCUCAAGACAUUUAAGGAUUUUGUUACAGUCGUUGCUAAGCUCUUCCCAGGGCGGCAGUCUGUCGUCAAGCUGCUGGAGACUCUGCUGGAGUGGUUGGUCAGCCUGCCCCUGGAGCGAAUCCCUUAUGAUGCCAUCCUGGAUCUUGUUAACAAUAAAAUGAGGAUUUCGGGGAUGUUCCUGAGCGAUCAGCUUCAAUGGGUGGGCUGUCAGGGCAGUCGGCCCGAGCUGCGUGGGUACCCAUGCUCUCUCUGGACACUCUUCCAUGCUCUGACAGUGCAGGCUGCUCAGAGACCUGACGCCCUGGCCAAUACUGGACUCGAGGAGGACCCACAGGCCGUCCUACAGACCAUGAGGCGCUACGUUCACACCUUCUUUGGGUGCCAGGAAUGUGGCCGGCACUUCGAGGAGAUGGCCAAGGAGUCUCUAGACCAGGUGAAGUCUCUCCAAGAGGCUGUGCUGUGGCUGUGGAGGAAACACAACCAGGUCAACAAUCGACUUGCAGGUGCUCUCAGUGAUGACCCCCACUUCCCCAAGACACAGUGGCCCACCCCCAAUCUGUGCCCAGCGUGUCACGAGGAGAAAGAUGGGCUGCACGUGUGGAAUGAAGAAAAAGUGUUUCAUUUCUUGAUGGAUUAUUACGGGGCAGCCAACAUCUCGCCCAAAUAUACCCUUAGUCAAGAGGGACCAGCGCCCGGCAGAGAUGGCCCCUCUUAUAAGGACAAGGGCCAGCAAGACCAGCAAGAUAUCCCCACCACCAACCCCUCUGAUCCGUCAAACCAGCGCAGCCUGGUGGGUCAGGAACAGGGGGGCAUUGGGGUCUACAAGGAGGCCAAGCCAGGGGUGACUUUCCUGGGCCUUGGCUUCUCCAACAUUGACAUGAGCCUUUGUGUGCUGCUCUACGCAGCCUCCUGUGUCUUCAUCAUGGUCAUGUUCUUCUUCUUCCGGAUGCGCUCCAGGAGGUGGAAGAUCAAGCACAAUCGACCCUACGUAUAGUCGACAACCGCUAGACCUUUGGGAUGCCUCCCCUUUGUACGGUGGUUAAACACAUGAACCGAUUGGAGAAAACUGCUCGAUUUUUGGGAAAAGGCCCAUGUUUACAGAUGAAGGAACUUUCAGAAACCCAGAUGUCAUUUACCGUAGUGUGAUCCUUGUUUUGGAGUCAACCGUCAGGCUCAGCUUCGCGUUUUACCCCUCAGAAUGUCGGCACCUUCCCCACCAUGGCGAUCCCAGGAAAAGAUUUGUCCAAGGGUAAAGACGUUUCCACAUCACUGGACGUUAAAUUGGGAAAGCAGAUCUACAGAAGCAAACCUUUCCUGACAUUUUCUGGGAAGCCUCAGUGGUUUAUUUAAAUCUCUGAAUUUAGGUUUCUCUCUACUAGAAGUGAUCACUUCCUGGUUUUAGUCCUGGUGGGCAAGCUUAUUACUUGCCCGUUCUUCAUCCUUGUGAUUUUUGUUGUCUGCGGCAUUUGGAACAGUAUUACCACAGUAACCAGUCUAAUCAUAUAAAUUCCCACUACAGCCUCCCUGCUCCUGCCAUAAUGUUCUUUAUCCACUGUUUAUUGUGACUUGCAACACACUUCACAUUGAUUCGUGAAAAGCAGCAGGUCCCUCACCUAACAUGCAGAAUGAAAAACACUGAAACUGAAGGAAUAUGCCCACUUUGUGUGAAUCCUACCAGUUCUCCAUAGAAUUGUGUGGGAUUUUGUUUUUAUUUCAAUAUCAUAUAUUUGAAGAUGUUUCCCACGUUUUUGAGUGUCUGUGCUCUAACAAUGAUCUGAAUACAGUGAGUUCGCUUACAAUCUGGUUAAUUCUUUUAGGAGUACUGUUAAAUGCCCAGGACGGGGCCUACAACAGUAAUACAGUAAUAGGUGAUUUUUUAAAAAAAUGUAUAGGAGAAAUGGCUCCGUCUUGUUUUCUGAGCUCAGAUGUUAUGGCCAUUCAUUGGACUUUGGAGAACUGUCUUUUUAAUCAAAACGAAACAAUUCUAUGUCUCAUCCUGUCUGACAUUAAAUAGUCAGAAUAACCAGAUAUCCAAUCAAUUUAAAAUAACGAAAAGGAGGAGGGUGCUAAAAAGUCCUUCUUUUUCAAGGAUCUUAUAGAUUUCAAGUUAAUAUCGAGCAGUUCAAGCCUUUAGGAGGGUACAGUGUUGAGCUGGUUUUCUUAUUUAGUUCAAAAUGAUUACGAUGAAGACUGACAGCAGAGGAGUGAAAUCUGCCGAUACAGACAUUUCCACAGCUAUGGACUGUAUGUGAAACAUCAUAACAAAGCGUCUAGUUGUGUAUUGUUAUUUUUCUAGCUCAACAAAGGUAAAAAUAUUUCCAUGGAAUAAAGCGCGACAUCUCUUACGCUAGGCACAAAAGGAAUUGUGUGCUGUGCAUGCAAAAACAAAUCCUUAUGAAGUAUUUUAUUUUCAUUGUAAUUUUAAUGGUUGUUUAGGAGGUGCAAUUAUAGUUUUUAACUGACUUUAGGGUUGAAUUUUGUGCAUCCUGUUUGUGUGUGUGACUUGGACACAUUGUUGACUGUGUCUGUUUCUAUGUAACUCUCACAAACUACAGUACUCUACUGGUUUGAUCAUGUUUCUUAUUCUUCAGCUGUGUUUGUCGCUUGAGUUUUUUAAGAUGGUUUCUUGGAUCAUGGGACAAUUAGAUGGAAGCUGCCUUCUUUUCUCAUUCCAAAUCCUUUCAGACAUAAUUUUAUGCUGCUUAUUAUGUUGGAUUGUCAAAGCUUCAUUUUAAGAUUUACAUAAUACCACUGUCACUUAAAAGAUGGUUUAUGUUCUUUUCAUCAGUGUGGAAGUUCAUCUUAAAGCAGUUUGGUAAGGGGCCUGUUUAGACAUUGUCAUGAAAGCUUAUUAGGCAUGUGUAUACACAGGUUUCCUGUUGAAAGAAUUGAAAGGUUCUCCAAUCUGAAUCCAAACCGUGCGUCUCCCCUAUUCUAUGGAAUUAGAUUUCUGAAACCUGGAGUGGAGUGAGCGAUUAAGAUCUCAGGUUUGAGCCCCGAGUUGUUGGGACAAUUUUUUAUUCCUGUCUUUGAAAAUCCCACCUGGAACUCAUGUAGUGACUGCCCAAGAUUAAAGAGAUUAUUGUUAUCUUGUAAGAUUAUUGGGAAUUAUUGUUAGUACACAUAUAAAGGUGGUCUCUACACUUUUUGAAGUAUUUACACGCUGAAGCUAUAAAGCAAAGUAUAAAAAAGAGUGGAGGUUGACUAUAACUUCCAUUGAUCUGUUCCUUAUAAGGAGAGGGUUAAUUAUUCUUUGUCAGUCUGAAGAGAAAAACGAAUUUCAUUUUACUAGUGGAAUUUGUAAGGGGCCACAUUAAAGUGGCCUGUUGUGCUGCUGAAAAUAGCUGUAUUGGAAUUCAUUUCUGUUUUUUUUUGUUUGUUUUGUUUUGUUUUUCAAAUUUAGAAUUCAGCAUUAUAUACUGUAUGUGAAAACUAUAUUUUUGACACUGUCACAGUUUGGUUUCAGAAUUAAAAGCAAUGUGAACAUUA